UUCUAUCCACCUGGGACCCACCGAGUCCACAACUUCUUUUCUUUAAAGGCUGAGCGUUGCUUUUAGGGGCGAGGAGAGGAGAAGAGAUCCUGUAUUGUGGAAUUUCAAGGCAGCCCUCUUCUCUAGCCAAAUCUAUCUUUUCCCGCAACAUAAAAUCAUCCCUUGAUUCUUUCUCCCUUUUUUUCCUCCCUUUACCCAGAUAGUAGGAACUGACCAUUACCCGUUUGUUUUUAACUAUGAGUUCUCCAUUAUUGUAUGCUGUUGUCAGUAUCGUGUCGUGUUUUUUUCUUGUGGCCACCUGAUUUUCUGCUCCCCGUUUGGUUUAAAGUUGAGCUAAAUAUCUUCUGGGCUGUCCAUUUGCACUCUAGAAAGUUUUGAUUUUUUUGAGGUCAGCUGCUUUUGGGUACUUGUAAAAUUUGUGUUUUCGACAAUAUUCUUUUCAUGUUCUCCUGUUGUUUGUUUUUGGUUUUCAAUCUGAAGAUUUGCUUUUCAUGAGAGUCACUCGAAAAAAAUUGUAAAUUCUUCGUAGAGUAGCAGCCUUUUGUCAUAUGGCCUAGCCUGCUCUCUCGUUUUUUUAUUCAUGGUUGAAUUUAUCCUCCAAGCUUGCUUUCUGGAACUACGUUGAUAUUUGGGUACUUGUACAAUAGAGCAAAUUCAAAAGGCAUUGCUUUUUAAUUAAAAAAAGAAAAAAUAUUUGAUUCUGGGUGACCCACUGUUUUAAUUUGCUAUCUAGAUAGGCAUUUUUUUUAAUAGUGAAUCUUGCUUAAAAAGGAUGGUGUUUGGAUAUUGCUGAAAGAAUAAGUAUAUUCGUGUAGAGCAAAAGAAAGUGGAAAAUGAGAGGGGCAAAGGAUGAGGAAAAGAUGAUGAGUCCUAUGUUUCCAAGACUUCACGUGAAUGAUGCAGAGAAAGGAGGGCCGAGGGCACCUCCAAGGAAUAAGAUGGCCCUGUAUGAACAGCUCUGUAUUCCUUCUCAAAGGUUUAGCUCUGGGUCAGGGUCCAUGCUGCCUGUUCUUCCUAAAAACGACAGCAGCUUGGCCCCUUCAAUCUCCUCAAGCUAUGGGACUGGCCAUGAAAGGAGUGUUUUUACUCCAGUUAGUAACUCCCCAACACCUUUGCAUUUGACUGAGAAGCUUUUUUAUUAUUCCUCUGGAGGAGUUAAGUCAAGCGCUCUGAUGACAAGUCAGGAAAAAUUUGUGGAAGUUACAAAUGAUCAAAACUUGAAUACCUCUCGGCCAUUGUCAUUCAGUGCUACUUGCAAUUCAUUUCAAUCACACAAGGUCUCCGACUUUAAGAACUUUUCAUGGAAGAAGCUUGGAGAUGAAAAUGACUCUAGAUUUCAUAGCUCUGCCCAGUCAGGAUCAAAUCUUUAUUGUAACAACAGUCAGCACAGUAAAGAUCAAGAAAAUCAGCAUUGUUUGAACUUGAGCUUCUCUGUGCAAUUUCAAAAUACUACUGAAACCCAGAAGAAAAAAACUGGCACCAUAAAUGUAAAGGAAAUAGACCAUAUGAGAAUACAAAUAGAAGACAAUGGAAAAGUAUUUGAGGCUUGCCAGAAUUCCAUGGAAAAAUUUGCUACAGUCUCAUCAAUUAAAGAUAAACCUUCAGUAUCAAGCCCAUCAGGAAAAAUUAGAAGUACCAAAUCAUUAAAGCGAACAUAUUCAUCUUCAAAUCAAGAGUGUAGAAAGAAUUCAGUGAAUGUCCUCAAAUGCUUACCUGGUACAAAUGAACAGUUGAAUCAAGAGCUUGCCACAGUGCCAGACAAGACUGUCAUCGGGGAUAAUAUUUUGGUGGAAUACCGAGUUGUCACAGGCAAGGAAAAUCCCUCCAAGGUGAGAAGUGAAUUAUAUUCAAGGGCGUUGCUUCAAGAUGAUAACAGAAAUCGUUGUGGGCUUGAGAAAAGAAGCAAGUACCGUGAAGACAAGCAAUCUGGGUCGUUGAAAGCAGGAGAUCUUGAAAGGAAUGAUGAUGAUGCAGAAACUUCCAUGGUGGACUCCGUAACUGCUCUGGAGAUUACUCCUGAUGAUGUUGUAGGAGUAAUAGGUGAGAAACAAUUCUGGAAAGCAAGAAGAGCCAUCGUCAAUCAACAAAGAGUCUUUGCCGUGCAAGUAUUUGAGUUGCAUAGACUCAUAAAGGUUCAAAAAUUGAUUGCUGGAUCUCCGCAUCUAUUGCUUGAAGAUAACUUUUAUGUGGGAAGAGCUUCCUUGAAGGUAUCCCAGAUCACCAAGGUACCGUCUAAGUGUGCCAUGAUUAUUAAACCAAAUGAUCAUUCACAAAAGCAGUCUAAGUGUGCCUUGAUUGUUAAACCAAAUGAUCAUUCACAAAAGCAGCAUACGAGCGCUGACUUUGCAGGAGAGAAUGUAGUUGGGAAGCUUCCCCUUCCUUCCACUAAUGAUGAAACUAGUAAAGAACAUAUUAGCCAGCGAUCAAAUUAUUCAGGAAGCGCACCACCAGCUCCUGUGGCUACCAUCGCCAAACCAUCUCCAUGGUCUUAUCCACCACCAGGAAAUCAGUGGCUAGUGCCUGUCAUGUCACCUUCUGAGGGACUUGUUUACAAGCCCUAUGCAGGACCAUGUCCUCCAGUUACUAGAUUCAUGGCACCAGUUUAUGGCAGCUGUGGUCCAAUCAGCCUUGCUCCAGGUGGCGGAGACUUUUUGAAUGCAGCAUACAGCGUUUCAGCUUCUAACCAUGAAGAAAUUGGUAUCCUUCCUGGAAACCCUCAUUUUGGGCAGACUUUCUUUCAACCAUUCGGCAUGCCAGUCAUGAACCCAUCCAUAUGCGACUCUGCAGUAGAGCAGAUUAGCCCUCACAAUGGACCACAGUCAAAGGACAAUCAGUUAGCAGUUGGAGACACUAAUUUCAACAUCCCUCUUCAGAGUUCAUGUAACAUGUCAAACCAGAUGAGCAGAGUGAUCUCCUGUUGUGUUGAGAAUUUUCAAGGAUCAAAAGAAAGUGAGAUCCAGGGAAGUUCUGCAGGUAAUCUCCCUAAGAUGUCCAAAUCAAAUGCACUUCCUCUUUUUCCGAUGGAACCAACACUUCAAGCAUCCUAUCCAAAUGCACAAAUAAAUGAGCAGCAGGCACGUGUGAUUAAGGUUGUACCUCACAACCCUAGAUCAGCAACUGAAUCAGCUGCCCGAAUUUUCCAAUCCAUACAAGAAGAGAGAAGACAGUAUGAUUAGUUUGUUGGGAAUGCCUGCGCUCCAGUACGAGGAAAAUGAUAGCUAUUUAACAGUCUUGGCAGAUGUAUUUUCCUUUGUAAUUUGUAAUUCUACCAUAUAUGUUACGUCUUGUAAAUAUAUUGUCGAAAGAGAAUUGUAUGUGAGGCGAUCCUCAAUGUUUCAAGCAGGUUGUUUGCUUUGUCUUCGUAUAAAUAAAUGCCUUCUGUUCUA